GCAGAAAAGUUUCUCUGGACGGGACAGCAUGCGCUCCUUAGCGGGACUAACUGUCAUCGUGGCGACUGCAAGUGUCUACCUCUACCUGCUGUCGACGCACCUUCCCCCGGGACCGACGCAGCUCCAGCCGGGGUCUGAACCGGAGGGAGAGGCCGUACGAGAGUACAGGCUGACGUUUCCAUCAGACCUGGAGUCACUACAGGAACUGGCCAACACGCUCAAGUUUUACAAAACAGAGAACUACAGCUACGUUCUGCUACUGUUCUGUAGCGCCUACCUCUAUAAGCAGUCCUUCGCCAUACCUGGGUCCUCCUUCCUGAACAUGUUGGGGGGGGCAAUUUUCGGACCCUGGGUGGGUCUGAUGCUGACCUGCUUGCUCGCCACUUUCGGCUCCACGUUCUGCUUCCUGUUGUCCUCGGCGUUUGGGAAGCAGUAUGUGGUUCACUUCUUCCCAGAGAAAGUGGCUCUGCUGCAGAUGAAGGUGGAGGAGAAUCGUAGCAGCUUAUUCUUCUUCCUCCUCUUCCUUCGUUUUUUCCCCAUGACUCCUAACUGGUUCCUUAACAUCACCUGUCCUGUCCUCAACAUCCCUCUAUCCAUUUUCUUCUUCUCUGUAUUAAUAGGUUUAAUCCCGUACAACUUCAUCUGUGUGCGUACGGGCUCCGUCCUCUCACAAUUGUCCUCUUUAGACGACAUCUUCUCGUGGGGGACGCUGACUCAGCUGCUGGCCAUUGCGCUCAUGGCUCUGCUGCCCGGAGCGCUCAUCAAACGCUUUGGCACCGCUCACCUCAAGCUGGAUGGCGUCACCAGCAAUGGAACCGGCCGGGACAGGAAGAGCAGAUGACACUGAAUGCUAACGCUGCUCAGCUACACAGCAGCACAGAGGAAGGCUCUCCAGAGAAUCGUAAAAUCUGCCCAGAAGACCAUCAGCGGCACAUCAGUUAUGCACAAAAUUUCUUUUUAAAGUUUACAAAUCAUGUUUCACAGAUACAACUAUCCAAAGUUACACACACAAAGAUACUUACAUGAGUUACAAAUUCAGUAUUACACACACAGGUAUUUUGAGACUAUUUUCACUCCAUAGGAAAUAGACUUGCGAUUAUUCUUGCAUUGACGUAAACACUGAGGGAAUUCUUGAAACUAGGGCUGAAACGAUUCCUCAAGUGAUUCGAGUACCUCGAUUAUUAAAAUUAAUCGAGGAAAAUGUAUCUGCCUCGAAGCUUCAUUAAAUUAUAUUUUAUUAUUUAGCGCACUGGGCCGGGUUAUUUUUUUGCGUUGCGCGGAGCUCUCACUUCCGCCUGAAUUGUUGACGAAAGCUAAGUGUUGGCAGCAUAACGUCCAGUUUUCAAGUUCAGCCUGGGAGGAUUUUAUUGAUUGAUGAUAAUGCCGGGUCUUUGUUGUUUUUCGGGGGACCAAUAAGCAUCCUUAAAAUGACUGGUGCGAUGCCUGGAGUACGGCAGUCUUUUCUCCUCCUGGAGCUGCUGCCUGGUGGCGGUUCAGAGCGAACAGAGGGGAAGAACGCUGCAGGUGUAUUUAUACAGGUGAGCGGUAUAAAUACACCUGGGCGGCUGCGCAUUAUGUAAGUGGCUUAUUUACAAACAACCGGAAAUUAUUUCAUAUCAUCCUGGUCUCAACAAAUGGGUGGCGGAGCUCAUCGUGGCGGCAUGUAGCUAGAUGUGUUUCUGUGUGUGACAAUCGAAGGUGUUAAAUCCGUCGCUAACAUAAACACAAAAGCUAUAAAUGUCUGGGCAAGGUGAGAGUUCAUCUAUUAAAUUGACUGAAGAUGAAUGCAUAAACGAAAAUCUGGAGUAUAGACUUUUUAUAACCGUAUUUGUGAGCCUGCCUCUUUAUUAUUGAAUUGAAUAUAAUUUCAGAUUUUUCUUCUAUAACUUUUCUUCAGAUUACCUUGGAAA